AAUUGAUAGCAGCAUUGGUUGUGUGGAGAAGAAGGAGGCUGCGGAAUUGGGUUUGUCAAGCAAGCAAUUGAGGCCCACUGUGGUUCUGCCAUGCGUCUUGCCAAAUCCAGAGGUUAACUUGGAGCUGCUUGAGGGUAAAGUUGGAUGUGAGCUGCGAAGAAUCAGACAGGGAUCGUAAUGGGGAAAAGCUGUAAGGUGGUGGUAUGCGGCCUGGCAGCUGUAGGUAAAACAGCUGUCCUGGAACAAUUGCUUUAUGCCAAUCACAUUGUGGGUUCAGAGCCCAUGGAAACUUUGGAGGACAUCUACAUUGGGUCCAUUGAGACAGACCGGGGUGUGCGGGAACAAGUCCGCUUUUAUGACACGCGAGGGCUGAGAGAUGGCGUGGAAUUCCCACGCCACUACUACUCCUUUGCGGAUGGCUUUGUACUGGUCUAUAGUAUAGACAAUAAGGAGUCCUUCAAACGCAUGGAGGCGCUGAAGAAAGACAUUGAUCGUUAUCGUGAUAAGAAAGAGGUCACCAUCGUGGUGCUGGGGAACAAGGGGGACCUGCAGGACCAGAAGAGAGUGGAAUCUGAGGUUGCACAACACUGGGCCAAGACAGAGAAGGUGCGCCUGUGGGAGGUGUCGGUAGCCGACCGGCGCACACUGAUCGAGCCCUUCGUGUACCUGGCGAGCAAGAUGACCCAGCCGCAGAGCAAGUCCACCUUCCCGUUGAGCCGCAACAAGAACAAGGGCGGCGGCUCUCUGGACAGUUGAGAACCAGCAGCAGUGGGGAUGAUGGGAAAGCCUUCAGCUACUAUCCAACCAACAGGCAGACGCACACAUGCGUAAAUACUCAGGAGGCUUAUUGACUGACAGACACAUCUACACUCAGAAUGAAUGGACAAUCAGACAAUCCAAGCAGACUGCAACUGUUUAAAUAAUGGAAAUAUGGAUGGAUGUGGACAUAGAUAUGGAACUUGUGAGGUGUACUGUUCAGCAUGUGGGAGUAAAUUGGAUCUGACCACAACAAAAGCUAGCAGCAUUAAUCUAGGAAUGCUCUUAGUUAUAAGGCAGGAUAACACAGCCAUGUGUUUAUUAGCACUCCCAACUCUGUCAAAAGGUUCAGUACUGCCUCCCACAGUAGCUUCCUGUUAAAUUUAAGUAAUGAUUAGGUUUUCGUUAAAAAAUGCAUUCCUUCAAAGCAUAUCUCAAUAUUUAGUAUUUAGUGGUAAAUUAUAAGACCAUGUACACCGACUGAAUGUGGACCAAUAAUUUCAGUGCCUGCUCAGACCUAUUUACUGUAUCUGUGCAGGUCAAUGAAACUUAUUUUUAAAUAUUACUUUUUUCCUUAUGGCACUGGCUAAUUUAUGGCUGUGUAUUACAGGUUGAACAGACAAUGGGACCAUGACUGUUGCAUUAUGUAUUUUACUACUGGUUUGUGGGUUAAUGCUGUUACUGUUGUCUAUAGUAUUUAUCAGGUCAUAUAUCAGGCUGACUGUCAUUGUCUGACAUUUAAACUGGUUUUAAAAAAAUACUACAUUUGCUUUCAUUUCAACUUCUGAAUACAUAGGAUCUUGUUUUAUGUAAUGUCUCAACAGAAUACACUGGUGAAAUAAGAACACAUGCACUGUUAAGUGCAGUGAGUCAUGCAGGGAUGUUUUAUUCAUUAUAUCCUAAAGCAUCUACUCUUUCAAUAUGAAAGAUAUGUUUAUGUUACAGAAAGUAGAUACUGUUGGCUAAUGCCGUGGAAAGCCAUUCCAAUGUACUCUGUAUCCUUAUGUGUAGUAAAUGGCCAUUUUCAUUCUU